GCACUUUUGUCAAGCCCUGCUCUAGGCACUGAUGUGGAAUAAGGAAGUUGGUUAGAAAGGAUAGCAUGAAAACCUGGACUGUGAAGCCCCUUUUUCUAUUUGAAUGGCUUCAGGUGGAGAAGAGAUUCUUCUACUGGGAAAGUCAUAACCCCUUUUAAGGUUGACAGAAGGACGGUUGUGGAAUGUUCUUGAUCUCGUAGUUCCUGGCUGACUCUUGAGUCCCGGCACAGACGUCAUGACAUGUCAUAUCUCCGUCCGUUUCCAGAUUAUGAGCACAUGAGUGUUGUGAAACCUGCGCUGCAAUGGCUGUGUCAUCCUUUCUAAUUUGGACGCCAUCCUUUUUAGCUGCUGCGGGAGGUUUGAUCGGGUUGAGUCACUGUGAAAAAUUGUCUCCAGGAUGUCGGGUUCUUUCCUCUGACUCUCUGAACUUCAUUUUUUUUUCUUCGCAUUCUUCCUUGUUACCCGUGUGACUGAUGAAGCUGCUUUUAUUUUUUUUGGGGACUUUUGGUGGUUCCUGAACUGGAUCUGUUUACACGAGGAGACCUUUCCCUCACAACCUCGAAAAUAUCUUCCCUUUAAUCAGACGGAUAGGUAGAGCCAUCGUUCAGUGCGUGGCGGUUGUGAGAAGUCGCGCUCUGUCCAUGUCGUUCGAUGUCCGCGAAAUGAAAUGGAAACGUUGAUGGGACUUUUCACAAAGUGUUAUUACAUGGCGGACCACCUGAAGUCCUCUGGGGGCCAACAAGCCAGGAGAUCGUUGUACAACAGCUAAAGAAUUUAGCGGUUAUAUCAUGGAUGCAAGCAAAAGAGUUGAGCCAGCCGUGUCUUCACAAACACUACAGCAGCGAGCCAACCCAGAUCGCAGCCUCGCCACUACCAUCUACGUACCCGAGCAAGGGGGGUACCAAGAGAAGUUCCUGAAGCAUGUGGAAGAGAAGUACAAGUGUGAAAAGUGUCGGCUAGUCCUCUGCAACCCCCGGCAGACAGAAUGUGGGCACCGCUUCUGUGAGACCUGUAUGAAUUCGCUGCUAAGCUCUUCAAGUCCACAAUGCACGGCAUGUGAAGAAAUAAUCAUUAAAGACAAGGUGUUUAAGGAUAACUGUUGUCGGCGGGAAGUGUUGGCUCUUCAGAUGUACUGCAGGAAUGAUACUCGAGGCUGCAAGGAGCAGAUCACACUAGGAAAUCUACUGAUCCACUUAAAAAGCGACUGCCAGUUUGAAGAACUUCCCUGCCCCCGAGCGGACUGCAAGGACAAGGUAUUUCGCAAGGACCUGAGCGAACACAUAGAGAAGAAAUGCAAAUACCGCGAGAUGCCGUGUCAGUACUGCAAAAACCAGGUGCCGCUAGCGGAAAUGCAGAAACACGAGGAGAUGGAUUGCCCGUCUGUCGUUGUUUCCUGUCCUCAUAAAUGUAGCGUAAAAAGCUUAUUAAGAAGUGAGCUGAACGCUCACUUAGCGGAAUGUGUGAACGCCCCCAGUACUUGCAGUUUUAAACGUUACGGCUGCAGUUUUAAGGGCACGAACCAGCAGAUUAAAGCACAUGAAGCCAGUUCAGCUGUUCAGCAUGUCAACUUAAUGAAAGAAUGGAGUAGUUUUCUGGAGAGUAAGGUGUCCCUAUUACAGAAUGAAAGUUCAGAAAAGAACAAAAGUAUUCAGAUACUUCACAAACAGAUGUGUAACUUUGAGGUGGAGAUCGAGAGACACAAAGAGAUGCUGAGAAACAAUGAAUCCAAAAUCCACCAACUGCAGAGAGUAAUUGAAGGCCAAGCAGAAAAGCUAAAGGACUUGGAUAAGGAAAUCCAUAGCUUGCGGCAGACCGGGGAAGACGCAGAUAAUAUAAAGAGCACUCUGGAGUCACUACAGGCCCGUCUGGCUCAGCUGGAGACGAUAAGCAAGACUGCUGCUGCAUGGAAUCCAGGUGUCCUGGAGACCCAAAUUAAUAGACACGACCAGAUGUUGAGCGUUCACGACAUCCGCCUGGCCGACAUGGACCUCCGGUUCCAGGUCCUGGAGACCGCAAGCUACAACGGCAUUUUGAUCUGGAAAAUCCGCGAUUACAAGAGGCGGAAGCAAGAGGCCGUCAUGGGAAAGACAUUGUCGCUGUACAGUCAGCCGUUCUACACCGGCUACUUUGGCUACAAGAUGUGCGCCAGGGUCUACCUGAACGGGGACGGCAUGGGGAAGAACACUCACUUGUCGCUGUUCUUCGUCAUCAUGAGGGGAGAGUACGAUUCUCUGCUUCCUUGGCCGUUCAAACAGAAAGUAAGCCUCAUGCUAAUGGACCAGGGACCGUCACGCCGCCACCUUGGCGACGCCUUCAAGCCAGACCCCAACAGCAGCAGCUUCAAAAAACCCACCGGGGAAAUGAACAUUGCCUCCGGGUGCCCCGUGUUUGUCGCUCAGACCGUGCUGGAAAACGGGACGUACAUAAAAGACGAUACUAUUUUUAUUAAAGUCAUAGUCGAUACGUCAGACUUGCCGGACCCUUGAUAGCGGGCAGCGCCAGGUGCUGUUUUUAUAAGGAAAGAGCAGCUUGGGGUUUUUGUACAAUCUGUCUCGACAACAACAACAACGAAAAAAUAAAAACCAAGAGGUCCCCCCCA